AUGAGCUAUAGUAGCAUCGCACCAGACAAUAACAUGCCAUUACAUUGGGAAAUCUUAUCAAAAACAGAUCUAACAGGAUAUCUUUCACUUAGGAACUUCUUUUACGAACAAAUUCACAAAUCAAGAAAAGGAGAAAGGCUUGAUUCAUUAAGUGACAAGCUAAAUCUAAUUAAAAAGUAUGUAGAUUCAUCAGAGCAAGAUAAAUGGAAGCGUUGCAAGGUUUGUGGUAUCAUUUUCUUUGAUGAAACUUUAAUUAUUAACAUUCAACAACUAAGAAUUCUUUUAGGUAAGUGUAAAUCUUCAAUAAAUGGAUCUCUACAGCAACUUGGCUACACAUCUCUCCCUCAAGGAGCUCCAUUUGGACAAGCGGCAAUAUCACAGUACGAAUUCCUAGUUAAUGAUAAAAGCGAGGUUAAAAAAUGGACUGUGAGAGAGAAAAAGCAAGAAAUUACAGAGAAAGAAGAAACUAUCACCCCUAAGAUUUUGCCAACGGUUCAGUUACAUAAAGUCAUUCCAGAACCAUCACAGAUCGAAACAUGGGACAUACGUAAUCUUCUCAAUAACUCAAUGCCCUGCCCUAUUAAAUUUAGGGCAAAAUUAUUAAACAAAGUUUGUCAACAAGUAUCGAUUCCAGCACAUGCCUGA